AUGAUUUUAAAAGACUUGGAAACAGUGGAUAAGCAACUCAAAAAAGAGCCGGAUGAACAGAGUGUUGCAUCAGUAGUCAUUCAACCACCUGCAGAACCAGUGGAGACAGUUCGAUCACAGGUGUCUCUAAGACAUGAUCCCAGUGCUCAGUUAUCAGAGCAGCAAGCAAUCUCGUCUCGACUUGAGCAAGUUCAAUAUAUUGCACCUUCCGAGUUGACUCGUCUGCAUACGACAAACGGCAAUCUAACAUUAAAUUCAGCAGCACUAACCGGCAUGCACAAUGUUGGAGCAGCAAGUAUGAUUGGACAGUAUUCACCAGUUGCUACGGUUGCAGCAGCGGCUGCAGCUGCAGCUGCUGCGUCACGAGCAAGUACCAGCGCGCCAAAAAACCCACAAGAAUUAAGUCAAACGGCAGGAUCAUCAUCGGGACCAGUUCCAGGGAUGUUGCCAGUAAAUGCCAAAGUUUUGGGCCUCAAAACUAUAAGUGCUAAUAGUGAUGGUCAGCAGCAACAAUAUGUCGCGCCAAAUCAAGGAACAAGUCAAGGCAGCAAUUGGCAAUCUACUGUGAUGUCUGGUUACACAUCAUCCCCAUCACCACUUGGUAUGGCUGGUGGUAGUCGAACAGCUACUGAAAGUGAUGAUAGCACAAGAAAGAGACAAGUGCGGCUCUUAAAAAAUAGAGAAGCAGCGAAAGAAUGCAGGCGGAAGAAAAAGGAAUAUGUGAAAUGUUUAGAAAAUCGUGUGGCUGUUCUGGAAAAUCAAAACAAAGCAUUGAUUGAAGAACUGAAGACGUUGAAGGAAUUGUAUUGCAGGAAAGAGAAAAGCGAGUUAUAA